AUGGGAAGGUCCCCUUGCUGUGAUAAAGUGGGUUUGAAGAAAGGGCCAUGGACACCUGAAGAGGACCAAAAGCUUCUUGCUUAUAUUCAAGAACACGGCCAUGGCAGCUGGAGAGCCCUUCCUCCUAAAGCCGGGCUUCAGAGAUGUGGGAAAAGCUGCAGACUGAGAUGGACAAAUUAUCUGAGGCCAGACAUUAAGAGGGGAGAGUUUAGCUUGCAAGAACAACAGACUAUCAUCCAGCUUCAUGCACUUCUUGGAAAUAGGUGGUCAGCCAUUGCAAGUCACCUCCCGAAAAGAACAGACAACGAGAUAAAGAACUACUGGAACACCCACCUGAAGAAGCGGCUGACCAAAAUGGGCAUAGACCCAACCACCCACAGGCCCAAGAGCCACUCCUUAGGCUGGGCCCAGCCCAAAGACAUCGCCAACCUCAGCCACAUGGCCCAAUGGGAGACGGCCCGUCUCGAGGCCGAGGCCCGCAUUGUACGCGAGUCCAAACUCAUCUCCAACUCCAUCAUGACCCAAACCUCCACCCAUGGCCCACCACACUCCCGCCCACCAUGCUUGGACAUCCUCAAGGUGUGGCAAGCCACCAGGGGCAAAACGGGCAUUCUACAAUUCUUCUCCGGACCUCCAAACCAGCUGGAGUCCCCGACAUCCAUACUCAGCUUCCCUAACGGGCUGCAGCCCGCCCAUGAGACUGGGCCUGAGCCCAUUAUCGGGAAUUUGGUCAACGAGGUCUCGGGAGUUGUGCCCGAUAAUACUUCGCCGAUCGAUUGGCUUCCGAGUUUUUUGGAGGGGUUUGCUGACGGGCCGGCUGAGAACGCGGUUUAUAUGGAAGAUAGUUACAAGAUUAAUUACUGGAGUAAUAUCCUUAACGCCGUCAACUCGCCCAUUGAUUCGUCCGUGUUUUAA